UUUUAUACGAUCACGCCUCUUUUUGUUCCAUCAGUAGAGAGGAGCUGGCCACGUGUACCUCUAAAAGGGAAAAGAAACAUCCUGAUUACCUCCGCUCUUCCCUACGUGAACAAUGUACCACAUUUGGGUAAUAUAAUUGGUUGCGUUCUCAGCGCCGAUGUGUUUUCCAGGUAUUGCCGUAUGCGCGGGCACGAAACACUGUACGUUUGUGGCACAGACGAAUACGGCACUGCUACAGAAACAAAAGCACUACAAGAAGGAUUGGCGCCGAAAGAAGUGUGCGAUAAAUAUCACGUAAUCCAUAAAAAGAUAUACGAGUGGUUCAAUAUCGAUUUCGACAUAUUCGGGCGCACCACAACACCGCAGCAGACUGAGAUAGCUCAAGACAUCUUUCUGAAGUUACACGAGAAUGGAUACACAUCGUCAUGUUCUAUUGACCAGCUGCAUUGUCAAAAUUGUGAUAAAUUUCUGGCGGACCGCUUCGUAACUGGCAUCUGCCCAUUCUGCACCUUCGACGAUGCGCGCGGUGAUCAAUGUGAUAGCUGUGGUCGUCUUAUCAACGCUGUCGAGCUGAAGAGCCCUAAAUGCCAUAUUUGUAAACAGGAGCCGAAGGUUAGUUUUGAUGAGGUACGGCAGUAUGUGGAGCAUGAAAUCGCUAAACCAAAUAUGCGUUGGUCUACGAAUGCGAUAGCCAUUGUGAAAGGGUGGAUCAAGGGAGGAUUAGAGAAAAGGUGUAUUACUCGUGACCUCAAAUGGGGAACAGCAGUUCCUCUUGCUGGUUUCGAAAAUAAGGUGUUCUACGUGUGGUAUGAUGCUCCCAUAGGAUAUCUUUCGAUAACAAAAUGCCUUGUGGGCGAUAACUGGACAAAAUGGUGGAAGAAUCCGGACGAAGUUGAGCUGUUCAAUUUUAUUGGGAAGGACAAUGUUGCGUUUCAUGGCGUUAUGUUUCCUUGUACGCAACUAGGUGCUCGAGAUAACUAUACAAUAGUCAAUCAUGUAUGUGCAACAGAAUACCUGAACUACGAGGAUACAAAGUUCAGUAAAUCGAGGAACACCGGAGUAUUUGGCGAUAACGCGAAGGAUACUGGCAUUGAAGCUGAUGUAUGGCGUUUUUAUCUGCUCUAUAUGCGACCGGAGACUCAGGACACCUCAUUCUGCUGGGAUGAUUUUGCUCUGAAGGUAAAUUCGGAGUUGCUUGCCAAUUUGGGCAAUUUCAUCAAUCGAGCUCUUUCGUUCCUCAGCAACAGCUUCGGAGGUGUUGUACCGGAAAUGCAUCUUGAUGACAUUGACGUGGAGCUCCUGGCAGGAAUCGAAGUAUCUGAAUGGGAUCAAUUGAUGGAUGCUGUUCGUCAAAAGGAUGCCGUCAAGGCGGUCCUUUCAAUGUCACGACGUGGAAACCAAUAUAUGCAAUCUCAACAGCCAUGGGUGCUCAUAAAAGGAAGCGAAGAAGAACGAAAGCGUGCUGGUACCGUCAUCGGAGUUGCUGCAAACAUUUCCUAUCAUCUAGCUAUAGUCUUACAUCCGAUAAUGCCUGAGAUCGCAGCCCGAAUAAGAUCUCAAUGCGCUCUAGAACAGUUGCCAUCUUUCUCCACGUACCCGCUAUCAUAUCUCAAGCCUGGGCAUAAAAUAGGAACACCGAAACCGCUAUUCACUAAAAUGGAAAGUGCGAAGGUGACUGAAUGGAAAGCGAAGUUCGGUGGCUCAAAGGUUGUUGACAAUAUACAAAAGAAGACCAAACAAUCUCCGAAAGCCGAAGCCGGUGAGAAAAGCGCUAAAAAGUCAGAAAAGCACAAAUCGGAUAUGGCUACGAAAGGAAUUUUGGCGUAUCCUCAUCUCGCUAAGAAUCAGCAGCAGAUCAAACAGCUUUUGGACGCGUCACUGAAGAAGUUCAAUCAAGCACGUAAGUCUGCUGGGAAAGUAUUCUGCUCGUACUUAUAUCUCUGGCGCCAUUUUUUAGUUGUGAGAAGUAUGAAUGAAGAACCUUGGUAUGAGAGAACCUCUUCAGGUGCCACCGUCGAUGACCAGAUAGAUGUAGGACGCCUCGACCUUCGAGUUGGACGUAUCGUGAAAUGCGAAAAGCACCCUGAUGCUGAUGCACUGUACGUUGAACAGAUUGAUGUAGGAGAAUCAGCACCGCGAACAGUUGUGUCAGGACUUGUCCGGCAUGUUCCACUUGAUCAGGCUAAUGCAAAACCGCCUUGUCGUGGUAUUAUUCUAGGAAACAUCGUGGCUUCAGGAAGAAAUAAUCCGUCCUCUCAACCAGGAACUCCUGUGAAGUGUCCGCCCUAUGUCCAUAGGCCAGAUGCGCAGUUGAAUCCUAAAAAGAAGAUCUGGGAGACCGUAGCCGAGGACUUGAAAGUUAGUGCCGAAGGGUAUGCUGUUUGGAAGGAUUGUCCUCUGCUGGUCGGCGGCAGCACGAAAAUGACAGCCCCAACGCUACGCGGUGUUUUCAUCAAAUAA